GCACACAGCACAGCUCCUGGCUAGCAUCCUCUGUGUUAAACACUGGAGAUUAAGGAUUCACGUAUCAUUCUAACGUUUUCUCCGACAGCCAGCGGAAAUUAAUUUAAUCUAAUUUAAACUAAAAAUUCAGCAUUUAGAAUUGUCCUUGGAAAGGUCUGAGAAAUGGCAGAAAAUCCAGAACAAAACGAGGCGAAGCAUGACAGCGCAUCGUUCACUGGAAUAACGGACCAAGAGAAAGAAAUGGCAGCCAGUGCAUAUGAAGCCUUUUUGACUGGGAAGUACGACGAGUCUCUCAAACACCUGGAAGCCCUGCAGGAGCUCAACAAAGAAGACUACAAGAUUUCCAUGAAUAAAGCUGUCGUUGAGUUUUACAAAAGUAAUCAGACCACCACGGGGACUCUGAAGCAAGCACUAAUGGCUAUGAAGAACCAGGUUCACACAUCAGCAGAGGACAUUGAUGGAUUAGAUGAUGUUGAAAAUAGCUUGCUGUACUACAAUCAAGCCAUCAUCCACUAUCACAUGCGCCAGUACUCCGAAGCCAUCGCCAUUGGAGAGAGGCUCUACCAGUUUCUGGAACCAUUUGAAGAGAAGUUUGCUCAAGCUGUAUGCUUCCUGCUGGUGGAUCUGUACCUGCUCACCUUCCAGCCUGAGAAGGCCCUUCACCUGCUGGCUGUGCUCGACAAACUCUCUGUACAAGGAAGCAACAAGAACGGCAAAGGAGAGAACUACACUUCAAACAAAGAUGGAGCCAACCAGAAGGCAGAGUUCACAGCCAUGAUUGAGGCAGCCAAAUCAAAGAUGCACCAGUACAAAGUGAGAGCCUAUAUCCAGAUGAAAUCCUCCAAGGCCUGUAAACGGGAGAUCAAAUCAGUGAUGAACACAGCGGGGAAUUCUGCACCCUCACUCUUCCUCAAGAGUAAUUUUGAGUACCUGAGAGGAAACUACCGAAAAGCAGUGAAGCUGUUGAACAGCUCCAACAUCGCAGAACAUCCUGGACCCAUCAAGACGGGUGAAUGUGUUCGAUGUAUGUUCUGGAACAAUCUGGGUUGCAUUCACUUUGCAAUGGGGAAACAUAACCUGGGCAUUUUCUACUUCAAGAAGGCACUGCAGGAAAACGACCACACCUGCGCACAGCUGGGAGACGGUAGCAGCGGGCAAUCUAAGAAGUUCACAGGUAUCCCCAUGUGUGCUUUACUAGCCAACAAGCGCUAUGAGCUGCUGUAUAACUGUGGGAUUCAGCUGCUGCACAUUGGCAGGCCUCUGGCCGCAUUUGAGUGUCUGAUGGAGGCAGUGCAGGUUUACCACUCCAACCCCAGACUGUGGCUGCGACUGGCAGAGUGCUGCAUCUCAGCUAACAAGGGGGGGUCAGAGCAGGAGAGCAAAGGGUUACCUUGUAAAAAAGGUAUAGUUCAGUCUAUUGUUGGUCAAGGCUACCAUCGCAAGAUCGUCCUGGCAUCCCAGUCUACCCAGAAUACUAUCUACAGGUAAGGCCAGUCAGCAGCUAUCCCAGUAGCCAGUAUGUAGUUUGCGGCCAUCUGCCUGAGAAACGCUCUGCUGCUACUGCCUGAACACCAGCAGCAGGACACCAAGACAGAGAAUGGCUCGAAGAGCUCCAGUCAGUCAGGAAGCACCGAGAGCGGCAGCGAGAACAGUGAUGCCUGCAGUGGGAAAGGUCAGGAGGCUGAUAAAUUCCUGUCUGCUGCUCCAUCGUCUCCUCUCAGAAAACAGGAGGUAGAAAACCUAAGGUGCUCCAUCCUGGCCUGCAGUGCUUAUGUGGCGCUUGCACUGGGAGACAACCUGAUGGCUCUAAACCACUCUCAGAAGCUGCUCCAUCAAACUAAGGUGUCUGGAUCCCUCAAAUUCCUGGGACACCUCUAUGCUGCUGAAGCCCUCAUCUCAUUGGAUAGGAUCUCUGAUGCUAUUGCUCACCUCAACCCAGAGAAUGUCAGCGACGUGUCAAUGGGAGUGCUGAGCAGCGAGCAAGACCAAGGGUCUGACAAAGGAGACGAGCCUGUCGAGUCCUCAGGGAAGCAGACUCCUUUGUGUUACCCCAGCAGUGUGACAUCAGCUCGGGCCAUGAUGCUCUUCAACCUGGGCAGCGCCUACUGUUUGAGGAGCGAAUAUGACAAGGCCCGGAAGUGCCUGCAUCAGGCUGCAUCUAUGGUGAACACCAAGGAAAUUCCACCCGAAGCCAUCCUGCUGGGAGUCUACUUAGAGCUACAGAACGGAAACACCCAGCUGGCCCUGCAGAUCAUCAAACGGAACCAGCUGCUGCCUGUGGCGGUCCAGAGGGUCUCCCCAGACACCCGCAAGAAACCUGUCCAGCCCAUCCAGCUGCCCUCAUCCUUCACACAAGUUCAGCGCAAAUGAGCAUCCUCAACCACCUCUGACCCCCCAACCCCACCCCACCCCACCCCACCUCACCCCACUCCACUCCACACAACACACGCACCCCUGAGCAGCCUUGAUAUUUAUAAAGCCUCCGCAUCAGGAGCCGUAUGAAAUGCGGGCGUGACUGCUGAGGAGAGAACAUAGUGAGCUGCAGCGGUUACUGUGGACUGACAGUAGCUGACUUGAUACUUCCAUCUGAAUGAGAAAUCUGUGUGUUGUCUGAGCAAUGAAAUUAAAUUUUAUUUACUGUAA